AUGAUAAUGAAAAUAUUACAUUCUAAAAGUGAAUCCCUAGAUAAACAAAAUCAAAGAAUACAUCUUCCAGGUUUUCUUCGCAAUAGACAUCGUAACCAAGACAAGACUGUGGAUAAUAAUAAUAAUAAUGACAAUGAUACAGAUAUAGCAUCAGAUACCAUUAGAAACGAAAUUUAUUCGUUACAUUCAUCUAAUCUGAAUACAAGUGAUAGUAAAGAACAAAAUCAAGUACAAAAUUUUGAAGAUCAUACAAAUGAUUCCUACAUUCAUAAAUUGGAGACCCCUUUACCACUCCGAUCCACAGUCAUGUCGUCCCUUGUGGGUAUUUUUGUGGCUGUGGGUGGUUUCAUGUAUGGUUAUGAUACUGGUUUAAUUAAUUCUUUGACAGAUAUGAAAUUCGUCAAAUCAAACCUGGCUCCAAAUCACGAAAAAUUCACUGUGAAAGAAACUGCUAUCUUGGUAUCAUUUUUGUCAUUGGGUACAUUCUUUGGUGCUUUAAUAGCUCCGUGGAUCUCGGAUAAAUAUGGAAGAAGGCCCACGAUUAUAUUCAGUACAUCUAUUAUUUUCUCCCUCGGUAAUUCUUUACAAGUAGGAGCUAGUCAUUUACCUUUAUUAGUAGCUGGAAGAGUCAUUUCAGGUUUUAGUAUUGGUAUUACAUCCGCUGUCGUACCAUUAUAUCAAGCCGAGGCAGCUCAGAAAAACUUAAGAGGUGCUAUCAUUUCAACAUAUCAAUUAGCAAUUACUAUUGGGCUUCUAGUCUCAAGUGCUGUAGGGCAAGGUACCAGAUCAAGAAAUGAUGCAUCAUCAUAUCGAAUACCUAUUGGUUUACAAUAUAUUUGGUCUUCAGUGUUGGCUAUCGGUAUGUAUUUUUUACCAGAGAGUCCACGUUAUUAUGUGAUGAAGGACGAAAUUAAUAAAGCUGCCAAGGCAUUAGCAUUUCUAAGAGGUAUACCCGUAGAGGAUCCUAGAUUAUUAGAAGAGCUGGUGGAAAUUAAAGCCACGUAUGAUUACGAGGCUUCUUUUGGUAAAGCUACAUUUUUGGACUGUUUUAAAUCUAGUGAGGUUAGACCUAAGCAGGUUCUUAGGAUGAUCACUGGGAUGGGUAUUCAAAUAAUGCAACAAUUCUCGGGUAUUAACUUUAUUUUCUAUUAUGGUGUAAAUUUCUUCAGUUACACAGGUGUUAAAAAUAGUUACAUUGUUUCCUUCAUAACGUAUGCUGUUAACGUCGUAUUUAAUGUUCCUGGUAUGUUUUUCGUGGAAUAUUUUGGUAGACGAAAAGUCUUAUUAUAUGGUGCAAUUGCAAUGACAAUAUCAAAUUAUAUUGUAGCUACUGUAGGGAUUUCUGUGAAAGGUGAUCAGAGUGGGAAAGUUGCAAUUGCUUUCAUAUGUCUUUUUGUUGCGUCAUUCUCUUCAACAUGGGGCGGUAUUGUUUGGGUUGUCUCUGCUGAAUUGUAUCCAUUGGGUGUUAGAUCUAAAUGUACAGCUAUCUGUGUUGCUGUUAACUGGUUAGUCAACUUCAUUUGUGCUUUUAUUACACCUUAUAUUAGUGAUUCUAAAAAUGGUUCUUCUAUUAGUUCCAGUUCAAAGAUUUUCUUCAUUUGGGGUUCUUUAAAUGCUCUAAGUAUAUUUGUUGUUUAUUUUACAGUCUAUGAAACAAGAGGUUUAACAUUGGAAGAGAUAGAUGAACUUUAUAGAAAAUCGCCUACAUGUUUCACAUCGACUGAAUGGAACAAGAAAAUCAGAGAGAGACCACCAACGUAUAAUCAAAAUCUGACUACAAAUCUGUUACAAGAUAUCGAAGCUAUGAAUUCGAAUCAAAACGGUGAAACUGUUGCCACAGGUAUAAAUAUUCCAAUGCAAACAAUCCCUGAGACGAAAGAAACUCAUACUGGUUUUAAUGAAAUUAAUAUGUUCCCCGAUGAGCCGAUUGACAUUGAUCAAUUCCUUAUGUCAAAGAAUGUUAGACCAGCUCAUGUGGUUGAUUCCAAUAAUAAACCACAAGGACAGAUGGAUCUGGAUUCUCUUCGUAGUAACUAUGUCGACUUAGGAAAUGGACUUGGUCUUAAUGCAUAUAAUAGAGGGCCACCUUCUUUCUUAACGGACUCUAGUGAUGACGAUGAUGAUCCUUAUAACGCUGGUGAUAUCGGUUCGUCCUCUAAGAGUGAAAAUGACCCUUCAAAAAAUGAAGCACUAAACAUAUAUAUGGCAAAUUUGAUCGAUAGCUCUUCUAAUACUAGUGCAGGAACAAGUAUUAGCAAUAAUCUUUCUGAAAAUUCAGAAACUCCAUUAUAUUCGUCUUUUAUCAAUCAAAUGAGGCAGCCACCGAGAACAGAUACAAAUACGGUAGGCACCACAAACAACGAUUGGAGUCAAUUCCUUGCCCAAAGAUCAGACAUGUCAUCUCAUGCAGAAUCUCAGGAAUCUCCGACUUAA